AUGAAAUCAAAGCAAAAGGUGAUGUUUUUCUUGUUAACCCUAAUCUCAACAUUGAUGUUUCUACCAUCAGAAGCUCAGGAGAAAUCAGACUUUCUGCCAUCAGAAGCUCAGGAGAAAUCAGACUUAUGUCCGUUAUCAACAUAUGGUAUAUUAGAGAAAGUGCCGGGAUGUUUUAAUGCAGUGAAACUAGCGUCGUAUAAUGAUACCAGAUGGUUAUCGAUAGAUUGUUGCAAACAAGUGAAGACACUUCCUGAUUGUCUCUUUAUUCUCUCUUCUGAUAAAGCUACCAGGACUACUAUUAUCAUAAACAUUUGUAUGAGAAAGUUCCCUGGGUCUAUCUCUUGA